UGCCAACUGGCUGGUAGUAUCUGUCAGCUGUCUGCACACUGUUUACCCAUAGGAGAUCUAUUACAAGUGCUCAAAUGAUCGGGCAGCUUAGAAACUAGCAGCUUCCUGGGAGCUGCAAUUACAUAAGCAUAUAUUUUUAAUACAAUAAUAAUUAAAAAACAAGUAGCAGCGGUAUGCCUGGAUCAGCUACAGCUUUCCGGCAAGAGAGGCUGAAGAAGACCAAUGCAAGGCCAAUUCCCCUUGGUUUAUUCACCAUUAAUGAGGAAGAUGAACAGCAAAAGAAUGGAAAUUCCAGAAGACCGAAAGCGCCUGACAGCUACAAAGUACAUGAGAAGAAAACUGCUGCCUCCAACCGGCCGCACUCUGCUAUUUCAGGACAAAAUAGCAACCACGCAGGAAAUAAGCCAGACCCUCCACCUGUGCUGCGGGUUGAUGACCGGCAGCGACUGGCCCGGGAGCGGCGUGAGGAACGGGAAAAGCAGCUAGAUCCAGACAGGCGGUCAGUUUCCACCAUGAAUCUUUCGAAACAUGUUGAUCCCGUCAUUAGCAAGCGGCUCUCCUCUUCAUCUGCAACUUUACUAAAUUCUCCAGAUAGAGCUCGCCGCCUGCAGCUCAGCCCAUGGGAGAGCAGCGUUGUUAACAGACUGCUGACGCCGACGCACUCGUUCCUGGCCAGGAGUAAAAGCACAGCUGCCUUGUCUGGAGAUGCAGCAUCUUGCAGCCCCAUCAACAUCAUGCCCUACAAAGCUACACACUCUAGAAAUCCGAUGGAUCGAACAAAAUUCUUAGUAACACCGCCCGAUGGCUCUGCGCGAAGGAGGACUAUUCACAGCACAGCGGGCCAUAAAAGAGAAAGGGAGAGAGAAAACGUACCCUUCCACCGCACAUCCGGCAUCCGAAGGGCUUUGUCUCCAUCUCAUCCCAAAGCCAGAUCACCAGCUUCCCCCCGACUGUGGCUCCCAUCCAAGUCCCUUCCUCAUUUGCCUGGCACACCCAGACCUACAUCUUCCUUGCCUCCCGGACCAGUCAAAGCUACCCCUGCUCAGGUCCGGCCCCCAUCCCCUGGCAACAUCCGCCCUGUCAAGAGGGAAGUCAGGGUGGAACCUGAGAGAAAAGACCCCGAGAAGGAACCUCAGAAAGUUGCCAAUGAGCCCCCACUAAAGGGUCGAAUACCUCUAGUGAAGGUGGAAGAAGCCACAGCUGAAGAGGGGACGGCUGGGGAAUCAGAGGAUGCCUCUGUUGUUCCAGCCCCAGCUCCGGCCCCAGCCCCCACUCCGGCCUCCGCCCCAGCGACAGUCCCAGUACCAUCAUCAACUGUGACUGCCAGUGCUUCUCCCAAGACCUCAGCAGGCACCACCGACCCAGAAGAGGCCACAAGGCUGCUAGCUGAGAAGAGGCGGCUGGCCCGAGAGCAGAGGGAGAAGGAGGAAAGGGAAAAGAGGGAGAGGGAAGAGCUGGAAAGACAAAAGAGAGAGGAGUUGGCUCAAAGGGUGGCCGAAGAGAGAAGUCGCCGGGAGGAAGAAGCCCGCCGGCUGGAAGCGGAGCAGGCCCGGGAGAGGGCCGCGCAGCUGCGGCGGCAGGCGGAGGAGCGCGAGCAGCGCGAGCGGGAGGAGGCGGAGCGUCUGCAGAAGCAGAAGGAAGAAGAAGCUCGUGUUCGUGAGGAAGCAGAGAAGGCCCGGCAGGAACGGGAGAAGCAUUUCCAGAGAGAAGAGCAGGAGCGCCUGGAGAGAAAGAAGCGACUUGAGGAGAUUAUGAAAAGAACCAGGAGAACAGAAGCUACAGAUAAGAAAACUGUUGAUCAGAGAAAUGGAGAUAUCGCCAAGGGAGCUCUCACUGGAGGAACAGCAGUCUCUGCACUUCCCGGUAUGAUGAACUCUCCAGGAAAUGGAGACCCAGCAGCCAGCCCACAUAUGGUUACCUCACACCAAUCAACAGUGACUGUGGAAAGUACUCCCAAUUUGGAAAAACAGCCAAAUGAAAAUGGAGUCUCUCUUGAGAAUGAAAAUUUUGAAGAAAUCAUAAACUUACCUAUUGGAUCUAAGCCAUCCAGAUUAGAUGUCGCCAACAGUGAGAACCCAGAGAUCCCUUUGAAUCCAAUUUUGGCCUUUGAGGAUGAAGGGACGCUCGGGUCCCUGCCUCAGGUGGAUGGUGUUCAGACACAACAGACUGCAGAAGUUAUAUGAGCGUUUCUUCUGAAGAACCAAAGCUGAAAUUUAAUAAGAAUUUCUACAAUUAAAGAAACUCCUUCCAUGCUGUAAAGGAGCAUCCCCCUUCCUCCAGUGUUCUAAAGAUUUCUGACCAUCAUUUUACAAAGACUUUAUUAAAACCAGCUAAAGACAACAAACUGGAUAGCUUUUCUAAUAAUUUUCGCCAAUAGAAAAAAAGAAAUGCUCCUUGUUCUUCCGUACUUUAAAAUGGCUUUUUCCAGUGAGCUCCUUUUAGCAAAUCAAGUUGUUGUUUUUUUUAUUCUGUGUAAAAGAAAUGGGCUGACUUGGCAUGACUUUCCACAUAGAUAUUUUGAUGUUUAAAAGCUAGCAGGUAAAAUUGGCACAAAAAAAUUUACCUUUUACAAUACAAUACUUGAAGAACAAGUACCUCUUUGCUCUACAAGUAGAGGGAGUAGGAGAGGUGUUUAAAUUAAGCCUGUUUGUUUAAAUAAUAUUGCAAAGAGCUCUAUCUGUAGAGACAAAUUAUAGGCAGAUUACCAGGUUCUUGUAAAUGCAACUUGUACAUGGACGUUCUGUAAACCCAGCAGUCACAUUUUUGCAUCUCUUUUUCCAAAGGCAUACUAAACAUUUUUUAAAUGUGAAGGGGGAAAAAAAAAACAUUAUUUUUUCAGAGCAAGAAAAUAAUUUACUGUCCUCUUAAAUAAUGUAUUUAUAAAGUUUUUCCAGAAAAACUAAUCAAAUAAAUUAGAGUAAUCUGACAGUGCAGAUUGGAUUUAUUAGAUUCAUUCCUUAUGUUACCAAGAGAGAAUGUUACUGAUGAUUCAGGGUUAUUUCCAAAGUCUGUGUAUUGCUGCUGUCCCCAGUGAUAGUGGGACUUGUCUUUGCCUUACCUGAUGACAAAUUAUGUUGCGGGGGGAGAGGGUGGGAUAAAGACUUACUAUUUCUUUAAAUAAAAAAAGAAUUUGGUUUUGCUCGUUUAAGAGCAAUGAAAAAAUGAUGGGAUGUUGACUGUGUUUGGCACACAGGACACUGCAGGACACCGUUAUGAAUGUCCUUCUGCGUGGCAUCCAUCAGCUUUCACUUUUCAUUCGUCACUGUUGCUGCUGAGCUUAGCUGUACAAACUUGCACUUUCAUUUUCUAAUAUAAAUUCCAUUUUAUUUUACCAUUUGAGAGGCUACGAAUAACUAAAUAUUGAAGGAAAGUGAACACAUGUUUUUAUGUGGAGUGUAUAAAAAAGUAAACUUCUACCACUGUAGUGUAUUGGUUUUUAUUCAAAGAGAGGUUGGUUAAUCUAGAUUGAAUGAGAGACUCUUCAUAUAUUGGACUAUUUCCUUAAAAUCCAAGCAUAUCGUCUUUAGUAAUACAGUAGCUGUAAUUUGUUAAAACGUUAAUUUGGGGGUUUUCCCUAUACCCAAUUGUCCAUGUACACAUAAUCACAUUAAAAAGAUCUGCUCAACAAA